UAUUACAGAUUUCAUCAUUGUUAGUUGCGUAGCUCCAUCUUUAUGUCAACUACUCCACCAGUAACUUAUUAUUAUUAUCAAUGAUUACAAGAAAAUAAUUUUCGGGGAUAAAAAGUACUCAAAGUGUGAAGUAAUCCCACGGAGUAUUCUGAGAGUAAUUCGGUUCUCAACAAGUAACGAAUACUCAUGUAACGAAUAGUUACAUUUCUGACAUCUCUACUUGCUAAUAUUAACUCGAUUAAGUCAACAUCUGUCAAUGUCAAAAACUAAGAUAAAAAAAUAAUUUUAAGUUUAUAUUUAAAUAAUUUAAGUUUAAAAAUGUUUCGUCAAUUAAAUAAAGUAGUAUUAUCAGCAGAUGUAUACGCUGUAUGUAUUCAGCAUGCUUUAUCAACGGAAAAAGAAGAAAUAAUGGGUUUAUUGAUUGGAGAGGUUGACGAUUCGAACAUUUCCUAUAUAUCGGCUGGAUUAAUUUUACAUCGAAGUGAAAAAAAAUCUGAUAGAGUGGAGAUAUCAGCUGAACAACUUUGCAUGGCUUCAACACAUGCAGAACAACUGGCGGAGAAAUUAGGACGUCCCAUGCGUGUUUUAGGAUGGUAUCAUUCGCAUCCCCAUAUUACAGUGUGGCCGAGUCAUGUUGAUUUACGCACACAAGCGAUGUAUCAAAUAAUGGAUCCUUUGUUUGUUGGAUUAAUAUUUUCUGUUUUUCUAAGUGAAAAUAAUGUUGGUAAUCAAGUUCAAUUAACCUGUUUUCAAGCAACAGAUAAUUAUGAACGAAGAGAUGUUAAUAUAGUUAUUGAAAAAGUACCACUAAGAGAUUACAAUUUAAAAAAUAUUUGCGAGUUACCAAAAAUAUUAAUACAAGAAGAGGUGGAGAUUCACAAUACAAAAUGUAGUAAAAAUGAUGAUAUAUUAGUCAAUAUUCAUAACGAAGCAUUUAAAACUUUAUCUUUGUCCCAUUUAAUAACAAAAAUUAGCCAACCAAUUUGUGAAGAUUUAGAGGCUCGUUUAGAAGUAACCAAUUUAAGGAUUAAGGAGUUAGAGAAAAUGUUGAUAGAAUUAAAAAGGAAAUCUGAUGAAGAUAAAAUUUAAUUAAUCACAG